AUGGGCUUUCGAAUCACCACUUGGAAUGUCAAUGGCAUCCGCAAUCCCUUCGGCUAUCAGCCAUGGCGAGACAAAAGAACCUUCGAGGCCAUGUUUGCUACCCUCGAGGCCGACAUAGUCGUCUUCCAGGAAACUAAAAUCCAGCGAAAAGACCUCCGGGACGACAUGGUGCUUGUUCCGGGCUGGGACAAUUACUGGAGUCUCCCCAAACACAAAAAGGGAUACUCCGGUGUCGUUGUUUACACUCGCAAUGCUACCUGCACACCCAUUCGAGCAGAGGAGGGCAUUACUGGAAUCCUCACUCCACCAAACUCCUCCACUAGUUUUCGAGACCUACCCGUCGAUGAACAGAUCGGAGGAUAUCCCAAUGCUGAACAAUUGUCGCAAUCUGACUAUGAUCCUGCCACUCUUGACUCUGAAGGAAGAUGUGUCAUUCUCGAGUUCCCAGCCUUUGUCUUGAUCGGAACAUAUUGCCCUGCAGAAAGAGACGAGACUCGAACACACUUCCGUUCAGGUUUUCUGAGAGUUCUCGACGCCAGGAUCCGAAACCUGGUAAAGAUGGGCAGGAGAGUGAUUUGGACGGGUGAUCUGAACAUCUCGCGAGAAGAAAUCGACACUGCUGCCGCCGAAGAGAGUAUGCGAAAGCAUGAUAUGAGCUCCAUCGAAUGGAUUUCCACCCCAGCGCGGAGAAUGUUCAACCAGCUCCUCGUUGAUGGCAAAGUCCAUGGCGAAAGGGAUGAAGGCCGCGAGACGCCAAUUAUGUGGGACAUCUGUCGCGGAUUUCAUCAAGGUCGUGUGGGCAUGUACACCUGCUGGGAAACCAAAGUCAAUGCUCGACCUGGAAAUUAUGGUGCGAGAAUCGACUAUGUUGUCUGCAGUCAUGAUAUGAAGGAUUGGUUCAGUGAUUCAAACAUCCAGGAAGGCCUGCUGGGCUCUGAUCACUGUCCAGUCUACGCUGUCCUUAAAGAUACUGUGGUUCUUGAUGGGAGUGAGACGCAUAUCCUCGACCUUGUGAACCCCGCGGGUAUGUUCGAGAAUGGUGUACGGAAACUGGAAUGGACCAACAAGAAUCUACUACCCAUGUCAGGAAAGCUCAUCCAAGAGUUUGACAAGAGGCGCAGUAUCAAAGAUAUGUUCACCCGUCAGCCAUCACUGCCGAGGCCGAAGAGUACAAUUCAAGAGAACAGUCAGAACAUUGAAAGCAUGCUGCCGCCAUUACCUUCCUUGACAGCAGGCAACAACACCGCCGACACUUUUGUCUCUCCACAAGAAGAAACAGUAACACUUUCAAAAACCACCACGAACGCAUCUGAUGCAUCCUCCAAUGCGAAAACUGGCAACUCUUUCAACACGAAAGCAGUCAAUGGCAAACGACCAGCAAACGCCGCUCCUGGGCCGACCUCUAAACGAUCUAAGGCUGCAUCACAACCCGGCAUGACUGGAGCUGCAAAAGGUCAGCAAAGUCUGAAAGGCUUCUUUGCAGCCAAACCUUCCAUCGUUGAAAAAACCCAAACAGCUCCAACCGAAGAUCAGGACCCACCCUUGCCCAUCAACAGCAUCUUGGUCGAUCCUCCCGAGGUCACUCCUGCAACAUUUACAUUACCUGCCAAGUCCGAAGUCAGCCUUGAGGACGAAGCUGCCACGUUUGCGGCUAAGAAAUCUUGGGGCAAACUGUUUGCAAAACCUGUCUCGCCGAAGUGUGAACACCAAGAACCAUGCAAAACAAUGGUAACGAAGAAACCUGGGGUCAAUUGCGGCCGCUCAUUCUGGAUGUGCAAUCGACCAUUAGGCCCCAGCGGGAAGCAAGAGAAAGGCACACAGUGGAGAUGUAAUACUUUCAUCUGGGCCAGUGAUUGGGACACGCAUACUCCUGACCCCCCUUGA